AUGGCGCUCCCUUCGACUGCAGGCCGCUUCCGGCGUCUUGCAGCGCAAGCUGCCUCAGUUCGUGGCUGCCGACCUCUGUGUGUCCAGGCAGCUUUCACCGGAUCUGCCUCGAAUGAGUUCCUUCGCCUCUCCGCGUCUGCAGCCCUCAGAACCGCCCGGCGGCAGUCCAGCGGCUUCUCUGUGGCGGCCAGCGCAAGCCGGCGCCCGGCGACGGGGACUGACCCUGGAAGGGCGAGCAGAGUAGACUGGGAGUCCUCGACCAAAGGCUUCGCGAGUGGGGCCCUUCCGCUUGCGGUUGGGGCGGCAGUCGGCGCAGCUGUUUUUGCCGGCGUGGCGGCGUCAAGGAGACGCGAGGGCGAAUCGCGGGAGGGCGUGGCGUGGUCGAUGCUGCGGCGUGAGCACCUCCGGCCGUCUGCGGGGGCUCCGCGCCCUGCCAGGGCCCUGUACACCGACUUUGACCUUCCCAAAACGACCGGCCUCGUCGGCCCCCUCAGCGCUGCCGCUGCGUGCGCGUCAGCGCGGAGGGGGGCAUCAGCCAAGGCUGCGCCGUCCGCGGACCGGCGGCGCGUGCUGUGCAGCUGGGGGAGCGGCGUCGACGGCCAGCUGGGGCUCGGCGGAAGCGUGUUGAGUGUGUCGACGCCGCAGCCCGUUCCAGUCUCCGCUCUCCACGCCGGCGAGUCCAUGUCCCAGUGCGCAGCGGGCGCGUUUCACUCGGUCUGCUGCACGUCCCUCGGACGCGUCUUCACGUGGGGUCGCGGCGGGAAGAACCGUCUGGGGCACGACUGGCCCCGGGAGGCGCGCCCGUCCGCGGACGGAGACAGGUCGUCUGGCUCGCAUGCGGCGCGGGUCUCCGCGUCCGGCGUUGCGGAGCUCGCUGUCCAGGCUCUGCCCAAGUGCGUAGAGGGCCUGCGCCGCCUCCCGGUGCGCGUCGUCGCGGUCGCGUGCGGCGACGACCACACUCUGGCGCUCACCGACUCUGGCGAGGUCUACAGCUGGGGCGGGAAUGCGCACGGCGAGUGCGGGCGGGUUGAGGCCCGCGACGCUGGAGACGCGGACGGCCAGCAAGCCGACAAGCGACGAAGGAACUGGCUCUGGGGGGUCCUGCGUGGCGACAAGGGCGAGGGCAACGUCGACACGGCGCGGGACUUGGACGACGCGCGUGAGAGUGACGCCGACAGUCCCUGGGCGCGGCGCCAGCAGAAGGAGAGAGGCCUCAUCGGCGGGCGCGUGGAGGGAGAGCUCCGCGGCAAACGCGUCACGCAGAUUGCCUGCGGCAAACACGUUUCGGCAGCUGUCACGCAGGAUGGGGAGCUAUACGUGUGGGGAGAGGGGCGGGGCGGCCAAGUGGGGCCGCCGCCGGCAUGGAGCCAGGCCCGCGGCGGCCGGCGCGGCACAGACUUCGCCUCGAUCGCUUCGAGCUCGGACCUUGCGUUCAACGCCGCGACGCCGCGGAAGCUCGAGGUGCGCGGCCCAGUGGAGAGCGAGGCCGAUUCGGCAGAUCGGCUCGCGAAAAGGGUCGUUCAAGUCGCGUGCGGAUCGUCGCACUGCGCCGCCGUGACGGCGGACGGCGAAAUCUACACAUGGGGCAGCGACGACUACGGCCAGCUGGGCCUCGGAAAAGAGUCCCGGUAUGUCCUGUUGCCUCGCCGCGUCGACGCGCUCGCCGACAAACAGGUCGCGUCGGUUCACUGUGGUCACUUCUUCACCUGCUGCACCACGACAGCCGGCGAAGUGUUUGUCUGGGGCUACGGCCGCGACGGGGAAUGUGGCAACGCGCGCAGCGACGCGGACUUGCCGGCGGCGAUCGCGGCGCUGAGUCCCCGAGCCACAGUCGGCGCGAGUGCCGGCGGCGGGAAGGUGGUCGGCGCGAGUGCCGGCGGCGGGCACCUUGCGGCCUGGACAAGUGAAGGCGGGCUCUGGAUGUGGGGGCGCGGUCGUGAGGGACAGCUGGGGCGAGGAGACGCCAUCGAGAGUGUCGCGGUGAGCCGGGACGUGCCGCAGCUAGUCGAGCAGCUGUGGGGCUCCGCCGCGGACCCCGGUGCGGCGGCGAGGCCGUUGGAAAAGGCCAGCCGGACCCGUGCGAACGAGGGAGCGGAAGGGAGGCAGAAAUCCAAAGUUGUUGCCGCGUGGUGCGGCCAGACACACACGCUCGCUCUCGUAGAGCCGACGGGAGACGCUGAAACGCCCAGCUGA